AUGGAACCAGAAAUUGAUGAGGAUGAAGAUGAUCUUCGUUCCUUAUCUGAACGUAUUUUACCUUUAACAUCGGCAUCUUAUACAAAUAAUAAUAUAUCUCCUCGAAAUAAUAAUAAUAAUCGUAUUCGUUCAUUAAAACCACAAAAAAGUAUUUCAUUUGAUAAUCAAUUUUAUCAUGAAGAAACUUCUUUACCAACAACAGUAAAUACAGGUGAUAUUAUACAAAUGAGUGAUGGAACAAGAAAAAAAUAUAAUGGUUCAUCAUGGCGUCGUAUGUGUUCGAAACCUAAUUGUACUUAUUAUACACAAAGUCAAGGUUUAUGUAAACCACAUUUAGCAGCUUCUAAAAAACGUAAAAUAACUAAAAUUGAUAAUGAAUUACCGACAAUGAUUGAUCAAACUUCUUUUGAUCAAGAAGAACCUAAAAAAGGUGAUAUUAUUAUUUUAUCAAAUGGUAUUCGAAAGAAAUAUGAUGGACGACAAUAUCGACGUAUUUGUGCUAAUUCAAAUUGUACUGCAGUUGUACAUGGAAGUCUUGAAUAUCAAAAUGGUUUAUGUCCAUAUCAUUUUCAAGAAAUUCGUUCGAAACCUUUAAAUCAAUUUUCACCAUUAUCUAAAAGUGACCAAGAACCAUUUAUUGAACCUCGUACUCCACCUAAACAAACUGUGAUCUCAUCUUCAUCACGUAAACGUCCUCGACCAAAUUCUCCACCAUCUCGUAAUCCAUCUCAAUCAUCAACAUCUGACAUAAUAAAUAAAAGUUCUGUACCAAAACCUAAUCGUCGUUUAUCAAUAGCUGUUAUUCCACCAACAGUUGAUAUUGAACAUCCAAAUAAAGGUGAUAUUAUAGAAAUGGAAAAUGGUUCAAGAAAAAAAUUUGAUGGAGUUGUUUGGCGUACAAUUUGUUCAAUGCCAGGUUGUUUCAUUGCUGCACAACGAGAUGAAUUAUGUCGUAAACAUUUUAUUAAACUUAAUGGAAAACCAAAUUCAGCACCAACAAUGGCAAUGAAUAUGAUGAGUUCAGGAACAAUGCUUACUCCGAGAGCAAAUAGUACUUCAUCAACAGAUGAAAAAUUAGACGAUCAAAACUCAAAAAUGGGAAAAGAUCUUAUUUCAAACGUUAAAGAUGAAUCUUUGGAUUAUGAUUAUAAUCAACAAGAAGAAACAAAUAAUGAUAAUAUAUCAAACAGUUAUAGUGUUUCAGAUGAUGAUGCACAUAUUAAAGAAGAAAUCUCAUCUCCUAUCGAAGAUGAUAAUUUAGGUACACAUAUAGAUCAUACGUUGAUUAAUGCACUUUCAGCAAGUCGAGAAAAGUUUCCAACAACAUAUUUAAAAAAAUGGCUUCGAGAACAUCGUAGUCAUCCAUAUCCAAGUAAUCAAGAAAAAAUACAGUUAGCAAAACAAUCAUCAAUAACAUAUGAUCAAGUAACAACAUGGUUUAAUAAUGCGCGAGCUAUUCUUCGACGUCGUCAAGCUAAACUACAACAUUCAUUUGACCCUGUUGCUGAUGACAAUGACAAUGACAAUGAUAAUGAUAAUGAUCAUGAUAAUGAUACAGAUGAUAAUCAUCGAUUAUUAUCUUUAUUUAAUGGUGUUAGUUGUCGAUCAAUUGGUAUACAAUGUAAUCCAUCUACAGUUGAUCAAACAACAUUAACAUCAACAAAAAUAUCUGUAAUGACAGAUGAUGAAUUAACAUCAGAUCGUACGAUAAAAAUUUUAACACCAUCAAGUCGAGUUUUAACAACAAAUAAUUUUAAAAAGACGAAUAGUCAUGAAUUUUUAAUAAAUGGAAUUAAAACUGAAGAUGAUUAUGAACGUGAAAAAGAUAUUAUUAUUACAAGUACUUGUCUAGAUGAUGAUCAAAUGUCACGUUUAAAAGAGUUUUGUUCAAAAUUUCAAAUUGAAUUAUCGAAUAGUGUUGAUGAAAAUACGACACAUUUAAUUACUGAUGAAGAAGAAGGUGAAACACUUGUAUGUCCAUUAUCAAAAAAAGUUAUUCAAGCAGUUGCACGUCAUAUGUAUGUUGUUACAUAUCGAUGGAUUGAUGAUUGUUUAAAAUCUAAUCAAUUAAUCAAUGAAAAACCAUAUGAAAUUCAAGGAGAUUUAACACUUUCAUCUGAUCAUAAUGGUAUGCAACGAAGUCGUCAAAGUAUUUUACCAGAAAAUUUACCAAAAAAUCUUUUACUUGAAAAUUUUUCUGUUAUGUUAAAAUGUAAUGGUUGUCAAGAAAUGAUGAAUAAUGAUGAAUUAAUUGAAUUAGUUCAAUUGUCUGGUGCUAAACAUACAACUGAUUCACAUUUUUCACGUUUACAAACACAUAUAACACGUAUUGUUCUUUGUGAAAAAGAAUAUUUAAUCAAUCGACGUGAAAUGUAUGAAAAAUGUAUUCAUUCUGGUAUUCAUUUUCUUACUCCUGAAUGGUUUCUUGAAUCACUUGUUCAAUAUCGUAUUCAACCAUUUCAAGAAUAUCAAAUAUCACCUUAA